AUGGGUAGGGUUAAGUUGAAGAUAAAAAGACUUGAGAGCACAAGCAACACGCAAGUUACAUUCUCGAAGAGAAGAAAUGGGAUAUUGAAGAAAACCAAAGAGUUAUCGAUUUUGUGUGAUAUUGAUAUUGUCCUUAUGUUUUCUCCUACCGGAAGGCCUUCCGUUUUCCAUGGAGAACACAGGUCAACAUCUUUAAACCAUCCUCAACUUUCUUCCUUUUGUUCAAUUUUGUGUUUCAAUGCAACAUAA